AUGCCACACACUCAUACCCACAACCAUCUCUCAAAGACCGAAGACGUCGAACUCCUAGCCACUGGAGUCGGCGCAGUAGUAACCCUCGACCAACUUGCCAAAACCCUCGAGUCUAAAGACAACAAGGUCUCUCAUCUUUCCAAAGCUGCAAUUGGGGCUGCUGUUGCUAUUGGUGCUUGGGAGCUUUUGCAACGUGAGGAACGGGAGAAGGCGAAGGGUGGAACUGCGAAUUAUAUGACUGGUGGGAAUGGGGAGGGACCUCAUCACCAUGAUAGGCAUCUUGUGGAGGAGAUUAUUGGGGCAUACGGAUUGGGGAAGGAGUUGAUGGGGGAUAGGAAACAUCAUUUCACGCAUCUCGUGGAGGAGGCUAUUGGUGCUUUGGGACUUUUGCAGGAGGUUAAUACUCAUGGUCCGAGGGAUGUUAAGGAGAUUAAGGAGUUGUUGACGGAUUAA